AUGAUUCUUCCAAUACGUCGCCCAUUGAGUAAUUUUGAUCUUUCAGGCAAAAUCUUUCAAGGCCGUAUCCUGAUAAUUGAUAAGGGUCAAGCCCAGUAUCAUCGCCUCUCCGCCACCGCUUCCUUUCCGAUUCCGGCCGCCGCCUCCGCCUUCUCCUUCUUCGUAUGUUCGUGAGGAAGCAGCGUCUCAAGAAUCGACUUGCAUAGUUCUGUUCUGUUGAUAGAUUUGCCAUUCUUUUUGCCGAUGGCUGAAGUGCGGCUUUGAUCGAGGGCCUUGAGAUUGCUCGAAUCUUCGUCCGAUUGCAGGAGGAGAGAUGCUUCGAUGGGUUUCUUGAAUUUGAGAUUUGUUUUUAGCUGUGAGGUUAGAAUGAAAGGAAAGAUUGGGUGUAGAUGCUAAUGGGAAAUAACGCAGGAGAAGAUAUAAUGGACCUCGAUUUGAAUCAAGAGCCUUUGGACCAAUCUUAUGAUUCAGUGAUAGGGUUAGACACCAUACUGAAUGACCUUGAAACUGCUCAUGGACGCAUUGAAGAACGCAUUCGGCAACUUGAAGCCGUUACAACGAGGGCUACACGGCGACAGAGAUGGCGACAUGCCCCGACUGUAACUGAACCUGCUGACACUGCAGCAGCUUAUGUUCACCUUGAAAGACAUGAUACUGGUGAUGAUAGUGCUGCUGCCCAGGAAAGGACACUUCAUUCGGGGAAAACUAGUAAACAGAAUGGCUCUCAUUUGGUAGCCAAAGCAUUGGGGAUGGAUCCAGAGCCUAGGACCACUGGAAACAAGAUGGGAAGUUUUUAUGAUUGUAAUAUAUGCUUGGAUGUUGCCAAGGAUCCAAUAUUGACAUGUUGUGGUCACUUAUUUUGUUGGUCUUGCUUUUAUCAGUUAUCUUAUGUUCAUUCAAAUGCCAAGGAGUGUCCUGAAUGUCAAGGUGAAGUUACAGACACAAGCAUCAUUCCAAUAUAUGGCCAUGGGAACGGUAAUCGUGCCCAUAAGUCAAAACCGAAUGAUUCUGGUUUGAAGGUUCCUCCCAGGCCACGUGCACAAAGGAUUGAGAGUACGAGGCAGCAAAUUUUAUUCCGAGGGGCAUCAUCUUCUCUCAUUGAAGAAAGGAUUCAGCAGAUUAGCAACAUGAUUGGUGCAAUGGGGGAGCAAUCUCGGUCGCAGAAUUUUGAUGUUUCACAUGGAAGGAUUGAGAGGACUAAUUUGUUGGGCCGAAGGCGUCGUGCCUCCCAAGUAUUACCUGUUCCUGAGAAUGAGAGCAAUCAGCAAAGUCGAUCCCUUCAAGUUUCUAGGUUGCUGUUGCAAGGUGCUGCCUCAUUUUCAUCUCUUUCAUCUGCUUUGAAUUCUGCAAUGGAUUCUGCUGAAAGAUUAGUUGAGGACCUUGAGACAUACAUUCACAAUCAUAGUGCAACCAGAAGCCGCCCACACUCAAUUCCUAAUAAUCCUAACAAUGGAGACCCCUUGUCCGGUAUUGCUGCAACUGUGCAAUCGGAUGGUAUAAUUCCAGAUCCUGUUGGUGGAAUCACCUUUCUGGUUCCCCAGUUUGAAUCAUCUUCUAGAAGUAUGGAUAUUGCUACGAGUCUAGAAAACCAGACCAAUAGUGCAUCUGAAUUUGACCGAAUAAUACUCCCAUCUCCAUCAACCAGAAGGAGGAGUGAGUUACCACGACGGUCAGAUAUAGACAAUGAAAUUUUACAGGAGCGAAGGAGGAGGAGAUUGGGAUGAUUGUAUUGAUAAUGAAGUUCUUUCUCAUAUGAGCUAUUUAUUUACUUCAUCACUUUUCUUUUUUAAGUUAUUGAAUGUUCUUCAACCUUGGGAUGAUCCUUGCUGGUGUGAAAUCCCAUAUAAAUAACAGCUCUAAGAAGUUUGAUGGUCCAUUCUCUGAUAAGGUAUCGGAAGAUUAUGAAGAGGAGCAAUCUUGUCGGCUUUCCAGCUGCAUUGCACUUCUAUAAUGUGGCGAACUGGUUGCUGCAAAAGCGCGCGUCGAAUUUGUUCCUCCAUUGAAGAUGAAUAUUUGAUUUUGGUAUUGCUACGUCGGUCAAAUAGCAGUUGAUGUAAUGGUAAGCAUCUGUAAUAUAUACACACCAUCUGCAAGUCCCUCCCCUCCCCCUCCCCCCCCCAUUGAAUCUGGUAUCCAAAAUUUCUCAUGGUCUAGAUAGAUAGAUUGUACUGGUGUUGGAAAUUUCUGAAAUCAAUCUGUAGCUUUUCUUCUGCAAUUCUUUCAUUGGAGAGAAGAGUUGUGUUUCGAGGAAAAACCUUUGGAUUUGCAUCUUCUUUAUCGACUUCUAUGACCCUAUUAUAUUG